AUGUCAAGCACGCGAAACGCAGCGCGCAGUCCACGCGGUGCCUGCUGCGCGCUUUUACGCACGGCCGCAGCUCCGAGCUCACCUGGGACUUGGCUGAUCUGGUCAGCCGUGUUGCUUGUCGGGGUCCAGCCAGCGGCAGCCCACCCACAGUGCCUAGAUUUCGAGCCACCUUUCAAGCCUCAGUGGCACCUGGAGUUUUGCACGCAGUACCAGGAGUUUGGCUGCUGCGACCAGAAAACCGACAACAUGAUCGCGGAGAGAUACUGGGACAUCAUCGAGCUUCUGGAGAAGGCGGGUCAUGAGCUGUGUGAGCCCAUGCUGAAGGAGAUAAUGUGCCAGGAGUGCUCUCCUUAUGCUGCCCACCUGUAUGAUGCUGAGGAUCCUUACACGCCUGUCAGAGACCUACCAGGACUUUGCUUUGGCUACUGCUCUAAGUUUCACAGCAAGUGUCGCCACGUGCUCAGAUAUCUAACUGUGAACCAGGUGCUGCUGGACACCUCCGAGCGGGACAUGUCCACAUUCUGCAGCAUGGUGGACCUUUCCGACCAGGACUACUGCUACCCCAAUGUUCUGAAGAGCACUGACCUCAACAGCAACCUGGGACGAGUUGUGGAGGACCCCAGGGGGUGUCUGCAGCUGUGUUUGACCGAAGUGGCCAACAGUCUGAGGAACCCGGUCCUGAUGCUGCACAGUGGUGACGACACACACCGCAUGUUCAUCGCCGAGCAGGUGGGCUUCGUCUGGGUUUACCUGCGUGACGGCAGCCGUCUGGAGCGGCCCUUUCUGGAUAUGAGUGGGGAGGUGCUGACUACGCCUUGGCUGGGGGACGAGAGGGGGUUCUUGGGCAUGGCCUUCCACCCCAAGUAUCGAUACAACGGGCGCUUCUUCAUCUAUUACUCCGUUCAGGUCGACGGCAAAGUGGAGAAAAUCCGAAUCAGCGAGAUGAAAGUGUCCAGCUAUGACAUGAACACGGCCGAUCCUUUCUCAGAGAGAGUUGUUUUAGAGAUUGAGGAACCUGCUGCGAACCACAAUGGAGGCCAGCUGCUGUUUGGUCAAGAUGGUUAUUUGUACAUCUUCACAGGAGAUGGUGGAAAAGCUGGAGAUCCGUUUGGGAAGUACGGCAACGCACAGAACAAGAGUGCUCUGUUGGGGAAAGUCCUCCGCAUUGAUGUGGAUGGAAAUGACCCCAGGGGGAAAGAGUACAGGAUCCCUCCUGACAAUCCCUUUCUCGGAGACCCAAAGGCAAGGCCAGAGGUCUUUGCCUACGGGGUCCGAAACAUGUGGCGGUGCUCCGUGGAUCGCGGCGACCCGGUGAGCCGCUACGGCCGGGGUCGGAUAUUCUGCGGAGACGUUGGUCAGAACCGAUACGAAGAAAUUGACAUUAUCGUGAACGGAGGGAACUACGGGUGGAGAGCGAAGGAGGGCUUCGAGUGUUACGACAUCAAACUGUGCCACAACUCCUCACUGGAUGACAUCCUCCCCAUAUUUGCAUAUAGCCAUCAUGUUGGGAAGUCUGUCACAGGGGGAUAUGUGUACAGAGGAUGUGAAUCACCCAAUCUGAACGGCCUGUACAUUUUUGGAGACUAUAUGAACGGUCGACUGAUGGCGUUAGAGGAAGAUAAAACAACAGGAAGCUGGAAGGAGAGGAGCGUUUGUAUGGGGGAUCAGACGACCUGCUCCUUUCCUGGACUCAUCAAUCAUCACCACAAGUUCAUCAUCUCUUUCGCUGAAGAUGAAGCAGGGGAGCUGUAUUUUAUGGCCACUUCGUACCCCAGUGCCAUGUCACCUACUGGGACAGUAUUUAAGUUCAUGGACCCUUCCAGGAGAGCUCCUCCAGGUAAAUGCAAGCAGAAGCCUCUCCCAGUCAAAGUGAGGGGGAAAAAGUUUCCAUUUGUCCCCAGGGAACGGACUGUGCUGCAGACAAAUGAAAAACCAACAAGACCACCACCAAGAAAAUACAACCUGACCACCAAACCACCAGUGACAAGCAGCCAGCGCCGACCAACAACAGCUACAGCCAGCGUGUCCACGGUGGCCACUGCUGCAAAGCCGAAAGCCAAACCGCCCCCUGCCAAAGCAACGAAGACGAAUAAAGCAAAAUCAUGGAAGAAAUCGAAAAAACUGAACAAGAAAGAAAAGAAGGUUCAAACAAAGAAUACUUUAAGUAAGAAGGCACAACCUAAGAAGACGGCUGGGAUGAAGCUUGUUGGAGUCAAAGUAAAACCAACGACAAAUCAAACUUUCACAGAGAAUUUAAACAGUAAAACACAAACAAACAGCCUGAGAGAUGAGAUCAGCUUGAAAAGGAAAAAUCUCCAAACAGUGCGCAGAAGGAAACAGAGCAAAAAGUGAAAGCAUCUGAAACAGAACAUCUGACCUUCUCAAAUAAGACCAAGUCAAGAGUGAAAACCAAAAAUAACAAGAUAAACAUAGUGGGGUAAAGAACAAUCAAUCACAAGCUGCUAGAGCACUUUAAAAAGUUAUCUUCUAUUAUUAAAUCACUACUUAAUGUAAGGAUGUAAAUAUGUUGAAGUGGGAUUCUGUGKAAAGGUUUUUAAUAAUUAAUAUCUUACCUGUGGUAGAUAGCAUUUUAAAAGACCUCAGUUUGGUGAAAUAAUUUGUUUGACAAGACUGAUGAGCCAAUGGCUAAAGUGGAUUUCUGGAUCCAAAAACAUACAAUUUCCAAAAUUUCACAUAACCAUUAAAAUUUUAAAUUUAUUUUUACAGUACCAUCAAUUUCUUACUAAACAAUUCUUAGCAGCAGCAGCAAGCUGUAGCACUUCCAUUUCAUCCUGAGUCGAUUCUGGCUUACAUUUUCUAUUAUUUUUUCUGAAACAAGGCCUUAUAAAAAUAGUAAUUAUUAUUUUCACUCUCAUCUUUGUGUGUGUUUAGUUUUUUGUGUGAUAUUAGCAAAAUAUCUGGUGGUAAAGUAGCUGAGAGACCUUCAGAAUACACACUCUGACCUCAAAUACUUUUAACAAAUCCUCACAAUAUUGCCUGAGAUUGCGUAUAACUUUAUUUACAACUUUCCUCAACAUAUGUUCUUAGUUUAAAUCUUGUUCCGUCCGGGAAUGUUAGGUUUUUUAAUUUAUAUAAAGGCGUAUUUUAUGAAAUAUAUGGAAUUGGGGGUUGGUUUAGACAGCAGCCCACUAUUAUUUUUGUUGUUUGGUCUGUUAGCUCAUCAAUGCUGUCCAACAAAAACUCUUUCUCUAAAAUGAGACUGUUUGAAAAGCCAUCUACAGCAGGUAAGAUAUUAAUUGUUCAUAUUUAAAAUAUAUGUAAUCUUGAAUGAAUACAUUCAUAUUUUAAACAUGUUUUGUCAUUUAUCUGCCAGGAGCAGGCUGACCAUCCACCUAGUUUAUUUAACUAAAUGCUUUCCUCUUUUCAUCAACUUCAAGCUGUAACAAGUGCAACUCCUAAAUUGUAGUGUUUUAGUUACAAAGCAUCCAUUGCCUGAAAAUAUGCAUGUAAUUCCACAGCUUCCUUUAUGCUUUAUUUUUACCCAUCGUAAAGUUUCUGCCCUCUCCGUAUUUGGACCAAAUCAUGCAGGUUUUAGUCUAAACGAGCAACAAACACCCACAAAAAUAUCCUUUUAACUGUAGCGAAGCUCUGCAUUUUUUUUUAUUUUAAAUCGGUCUAAUUUUACAGCACGAACAAGGGUUAAAAAUAAACAUUAAAUGUGUCUAUGCAUGUCAGGAGCUCCCUGUAAUUAAACCCUGCAGCACUGAUCGUAACUGGAACCCCUGUGAUUGUGGCCURCAUAAUGACUACUGUAAAUGAAAAGCCAUGCUGACUUCCACGUGCGCUGGUGCCGCAGAGGUCGAAUAAAUCUCAAACAUCCAUCUUUUUGUUUUUUUUUUCUUUUUGUUUCCACUUGCUAAUCUUGUUGUUGUGUUGUGGAGUUUAUAUUCCUUGAAUGAUAUUUUUAACUGGUAUGUACUGAUAGUAGCAACAGAGAGGCCUAUUUUGCUUUUGUUACAUAAAACACAUCAUUAUAAAACCCUCUGAUCUGGGUCUGAUCACCUGGUUUCAGUGGCUCCAGAAUACUGUAUAUGAAUGAAAUCAGCUCACCUGGAUUGUUCUGAAUAAAGUCCAAAAGGUUGAUAA